GAUGUAGUAGAACAACAAAAAGGCAUUGUAACUGCAAUAGACAUCCAGGCAAGGUAAACAGCGGCAUGGACUUCAAACUAAUAGUGAUCCUUGUGGCCUGCUUGUUCUUUUGCAUUACUAACAGAGGUGUUCACGCAGGCAACGCAGAUGCAUCCUCGUGCAGAGCUUCGGAUCUCGUCGUCAGCACGAAGGCCGAGGCCGGCCCGGGAGGAAGACCGCAGCACUUCGUGAGCGUGAUCAACACUUGCAGCUGCGCGCAGAAGAACAUCAAGCUGGCGUGCCCGGGCUUCAACUACACCAUCGAUGUCUACCCGGCGAGCGCCAUCAGGCGGGACCGCGACGGCGUGCACUGCACCCUCCUCGGCGGCCGCCCGGUGGGGCCUGCCCGGUCGGUUAGCUUCAUCUACGAGUCGAGCGCAACCUUCAGCUUCCAGCCCGUCUCCUCCACCAGCGUCUGUUAGAUCUUUAUAUAAUACUCCCUCCCCCAAAGUUCUUGAUUUGUCUAAAUUUAGACAAAUCUAAGACAAGAAUUUUGGGACGGAGGGUAGGUGGUCUUAUGAUUGUAUCGUAAAUCUGUUUCCUUUGAAUAAGAAAAUCUCUCUCUAUUACUUUGGAGUGUAACUGCAACUUUUGAAGGGAUCAAA